UGUACCAGGAAGUAACGGACUUGCGGUUCAGGGUGACUGACAUAGAGAAUGACAGACUGCAGUGUGAGAAGAAACUCAAAGCUACCAAAAUGCUCUAAACCUGCCUCUUCUCCUCCACUGCUGCACACUGCUUUCCUGACUUUCACCACACUCGCUGAGGAGCUGCUGCUGCUGCAGACACAGCUGGAGGAGCGAGAGGUGGAGCUGAGGAGGCUGAAGGAGGAGAGCAGGCUGAGGAUGGAGAGCCACAACAGAGCGGAGGGAGGAGAGGGAGACACUGAAGUGUUGAACAUGAAGAGGGUGUUGGGGUCACUGGCGUCGGCCAACGAUGUGAAGGAACGAAGGAUAAAGGAGCUGGAGGAGUCCCUCACAAAGAGCCAGAAAGUGCAGGAGCUGAUCAUAGAGACACUGAAGGACGAUGACUACGACGAUAUCGCAGAUGAUCCCUCGGCCUCUGUUUCCAUGGAGGUGGAUCAGGACUCGCUGGCGUUGGGAGGGGAGGCAGGAAGAAGCUCUGGAGAGUCCAUCCCUUGUAUAGCAGUUCUGUCUGAGAUGAAUGAUCUGGACAGAGAGCGACAGCUACAGGCGGCCCACAGUUCCUCAGACAUCCCACAGCCGGACAGCUCGGCCUUCAGCAGCGAGCAGGCCAAAAACAAAGCACCCCUGGGUUCCUCGUCUCCCAUCAGAGCCGGAGACGAGACCUUCGGCUCGAAGAAGGCCCGCUCCUCUUUCGGCCGCGGCUUCUUCAAACUGCGAGGAGGCAAACAGACCGCCAGCUCUCCAAACCUGGCUGAGACGGAACGUAAAGGCACGGAUCAUCUGGACCUGGCCGGUGCUCCUCCUAAAAAACCUCUGGAUGCUCUUCCCUGCUCACCUGAAGCCAAGAAGAAGUCCAAGGGCUUCAUGAAGUUCUUCGGCAGACUAAAGCGCAGUCACUCUACGUCCUUCAACCUGGAUGAUACAGAGACGGAGUUCAGGAGGGGGGGGGUCCGAGCCACCGCCGGCCCGAGGCUGGGCUGGUCCCGCGAGUCCAAACACAGUGCUGUGGACGUCCCCUUCUCCCGCUGGAGCAGAGAGGACGUGUGUGCCUGGCUCCAUGAGCAGGGCCUCGGGCUGUAUGUGGCCCCGGGGCAGAGCUGGAUCAAAUCAGGACAGACACUACUACGGGCUUCACAGCACGACCUGGAGAAGGAGCUGUGCAUGAAGCAGCCUCUCCACAGGAAGAAGCUGCAGCUGGCUCUGCAGGCUCUGGCCUCCGAGGAGGACUACCGCAAAUGCAGACUGGACUACAACUGGGUGACCAGGUGGCUGGACGACAUCGGCCUCCCGCAGUACAAAAGUCACUUUGAUGAGGCUCGUGUUGACGGCUGCAUGCUGCACUACAUGACAGUGGAGGACUUGCUGUCUCUGAAGGUGGGCAGUGUCCUCCAUCACCUCAGCAUCAAGAGGGCCAUCCAGGUCCUCCGCCUCAACGGCUACGCCCCCAACUGUCUGAGGAGACGGCCCUCUGAUGAGAACAACAUGACGCCAGCAGAGAUCUCCCAGUGGACCAACCACAGGGUGAUGGAGUGGCUGCGCUCCGUGGAUCUGGCCGAAUACGCCCCGAAUCUGAGGGGCAGCGGUGUUCACGGAGGACUGAUGGUGUUGGAGCCGCGCUUCAACGUGGAGGCGCUCGCCCUGCUGCUCAACAUCCCCUCCAACAAAACCCUGCUGAGACGCCACCUGGCCACUCACUUCCACCUGCUCAUCGGCUCCGAGGCGCAGAGACUCAAACAGGACUGUCUGGAGAACCCCGACUACUGCGUGCUCACCGCCACCGCCAAGGUCAAGCCUAGACGCCUGUCAUUCGGGGGUUUCGGCACUUUGAGGAAGAAACGCCAUGACGAUGGCGAGGAGUACGUGUGUCCCAUGAACGUGGAAAUGCCAAAGAGCAGCAGCUUCCAGGUGGGGGGUCAGAUCUACGAGGAGCCCCUCGACCACCUGGAGCAGAUGGAAGACUCUGAAGGGACCGUGAGACAGAUCGGAGAGUUUUCUGAGGAAAUCAAUAAUCUGACGAGCAUGCUGAAGGAAGAUGAGUUCUUUCACGAGAUAUCUGUCGACGCAGCAGAACACGAUCACAUCUCCGGUGUUUGAUGGAGACGCUUUGUUAGAAACGAUCAAACUGUGCCAACCAGAAUCUAACCCCCCCCCCCACCUUUGUAGUAGACAUGCUAGACCUCCACCCUGACAUUAUUCUCGUCCUUCAGAAGUGCAGCCAUAUCUUUUAUUACAAUAUAUAUUUAUUAAACAUAUAAUGCAUGAAGUGAAAAUGCCAAUGUAUCCUUUUUGAUUAUUCAAGCAUGUGAGUUUCAUUUUGAGUGAAGUAGGCAUACUUGUUAUUUCUCCAUUUUUAUUUUGAGUGUCGUACUCAAGUGCGCGGAGUCAUUUUUCUUGUGGUACGUGAAGUUGUUAUUUUUUCUACAACAGUUUUGGGAUUCUGUAUUAGCUUAGCAUAAAGACUGGAGUGUUGGCUUUCUCUAGUGCUAUAUAUUAACAUGAAUCUCAAGGCUUUUCACCAAACAUAGUUACGUCUUCCUAGAACUGAAAUAAUUAGAGUGGCUGGUAACAGAUGUUUUUCAAUCUGCUUCCAGUCUUUAUGCCAAGCUCAAAAACACCAAGUGUAUUGAUCCUGUUUUUUUUUUGCCACAUGUCUAACUUUCCUUUCAGAUAUUCAUGAUUGAAAGUAAAUAUGAAAUGCCAAAGUCAUUGUUUUUAAAUUUUGAUAAUAAAAACGAGAAACUUA